UCGGUUUGUGUGACAGUCUGACAAACCCUGGACUGCUCCAGUGACAGACUGGGAUCUGCUGGCUACUGGCUAACCCAACAGAAAAUCCAGGCAAUCAUCCUACACCAUGUAUCACCUGAGGGUCCCUGUGCUUCUCCUGGUGCUGAUUGUGCUGCUGCGCAGCGUCACCACUGCCCCAAGUUAUGGGCACUUCAGUCCCAGCUCCUCCAGCGAGCGAGAAAACGCUCUCCCGGACAGUGAAGGCUGGUUAGCUCCUGAGAUAAGCGCCAACCCAUUUCUCGGCCUCAUUGGUGCAAGGCCACAAAGAGGACUCACAGCUAUGAACAGUCACCACGUAGAGAAGAGGAAAUGCAACACAGCCACCUGUGUCACCCAAAGGCUAGCAGACUUCUUGGUCCGUUCCAGCAACACCAUUGGUACCGUCUACGCACCGACCAAUGUUGGGUCUGCCACCUACGGAAAGAGGGACCUGCUGCAGCUUCCCAGCUACCUGCCUCUCUAGUACAGACUGAGGAAGCUCAGCCAGCACUCCCAGUGCUCUGUGACAUAACCAGACAUCUUAUGUAACAAUGAUUAUGAGAAAGGCAUUCAUAAUGAUGACAGUGAUGGUAAUAAUGAUGAUUCUGAACAGAGGUUUCUUGUUUGUUUUAUAGACUUUAAGAAACAGUGCCUUUAAUUUCAAAUCAUCAGUGUCAAUACUUGUUUUGUUUUGGGUUUAUUUUUUUUGGCUUUGUGUGUGUUGUGGCUCUGUUAAUGCCUGUACCACAAAG